GUCAGUAAUAUAAAAGACAAAUUUGCAGCUUUUUCUCUGUGCAGACUCUUUACGUUUCGUAUCCUCCUCUUUAACAAGGCUAGGCUGCUCUAACUGAGAUUUCAUAUCCAUGGCGGAAGAGUUAGGGCUUGAUUUGGAAGAACUCAGACAACUCCAGAACAUAGCCAAGAGACCUCGUGUUCUCAAUCUCAUCAAUUCCGAGAUUUCCAAUUUGGAGAAGCUGAGACACUCUGCUGCAAUCACUUCAAAUGCAAAGCCAGAGGCACCAGUGACAAUUCCUGCACCAGUUUCUACUUCGGUUAAGCCGGUUUCUCCAGCAGUGAGCUAUGUAACUCUUGGAACAUUUAGCUGGGAUCAAGACAAUGAAAAAGUCAAGGUGUACAUAUCUUUGGAAGGUGUUGAUCAGGACAAUGUUCACGCUGAGUUCAAGCCAAUGUCUUUGGAUAUCAAAAUCCAUGAUGUACAAGGGAAGAAUUACCGAUGUGCGAUCCCGAAGUUGAAUAAGGAGAUUGUGCCUGAGAAAUGUAAAGUGCUUGUUAAGCCUAAGAGGAUAGUUAUCACAAUGUUCAAGUCUUCCCGAGGUAACUGGCCUGAUAUACACUACAAAGAAGAUAAGAUUAAACCGAGUUUGGAGAAAGAGAAAGACCCAAUGGCUGGAAUUAUGGGUUUGAUGAAGAACAUGUAUGAGGAUGGAGAUGAAGAAACAAAGAAGACAAUAGCCAAAGCUUGGACAGAUGCUAGGUCAGGCAAAGGAGCAGGUCCUCUUAAAGGACUAUGAAGCUUCUUUGACCAGUAAUCAUCAUCAUUCACUAGUUCGUCUUUUGUAUCCGAGCAAAUGUGCUUUCAUGUUCUAGUGUGACCGUAUCUCUCUGAAAGAACUUAACAAAAGCAAAACAUCUGUUUUUGAGUUUAGUCGAAUGUUGCAUUUGCUGUUUUGGAUAUUAGUUUCUUGCAAGCAAGCAUUCGAACUUUUGUUUGAUAUUCCUAAGCAACUAGAACUAGAAAGCCUUUGUUUU